AACGUCAUCUUCAGUGUUUUGGCCAGAACCUGCUGCCAGUCUGAAGGAGCUGGGGGAAUGUACAAGUCAAAGAUCCCUCAGGCACAGAACCAGGUCAGUGUCAAGGUCACUCCCAAGGACACAGAGAUGAAAACAGCGGAAGAGCCCAGCCCGAGUCUUGGGCAGACCCUGGAGUGGCUGAGAAAGGAGCUGUCUGAGAUGCAGAUUCAAGACCAGAGGCUCCUGCUCACACUGAGGCAUCUUCACAGUGUCCUGGAGGAGCUGCGUGCUGACAGCGCCCACUGGGAGGACACCAGGUCCAGCGGAGGGACAUCCCCCAUCAGAGCUCGAGCAGGCUCUGAAGGCAGGGGCUGCCAGCCUGUUUGCUCAAGGGGUCUGGCCCAGCUCCUCCGAGGGGAAGAGAGCAGACGAAGCUCUCUCCCUUAACUGGACAGAGAUGACACUGCGCUUUAACACUCUCACCAUUAGUCUAACCUUUCACUGUGAUGUUUUAGGGGCAGAGUGUUGGAAUGGGAAUCAGAAAGCCAGGGCUCUGGGUUCACUUCUGCCCUCAUCUGCUGUGCGUCCCUGGAUCUGUCACUCAACUUCUCUGUGUCUCUGGUUCCUUUUCUGUCACUUGGGAUUUCUUGGUGAGGCACACAUAAGGUAUUGGAUGUGAACACACUUUUCAGCUGAAAACACAAAUGUGCUCUAGUGCUCUGGCAAGCACCAUGGCAGUAACCCUAUCCUUGGAAAUUUCUCAUAAGGCAAUUGUUAAAACAAAGCACUAGGUGUGCAGUAAUGUUUACCAAAUGUUGCCAUGGUGAAAAUUCCAAACCCUGUGUAGUGACUUAGUGGCUGUUUUCUGUCUUCCCAGGAAGCCUUCCCAUUCCCCUUCAUCUGAUAACAUAUUAAGCCCUGUAAACACCCUGGCCAUAAGCACGGGUAUAUUACCAGGCCUGGCCAAUGAUAUAAUUCAUGGUUGCCCUGAAAAGAUGAUUGGCCCAAUGGAUGGGCAUGUGAACCAACAGAGCCAAUCACCGACCUUCCCUGAGAUUGCUACCUGGAUGCUCUUUCUAUUACACUUAGAAGACUGAGGCUGCUGGUGGCCAUGUUCCUACCAGGUAAAGAAGAACUGUCUGCAGUAGGAAGGAAAGAGGCUAAUCUCCAAAGAGAAGUAGAGAGAGGGCCACACAGCAAUUGGACAGAGAGGAAGAGCGCUGGCUCUUUUUGGUCCCUGGUUUUAGGUCCUAGUUUUGUGAGUUACUCCUGCACUCUUUCCAGCGACCAAAGCCAGUCAAUUUCACCCCCCACCACAGCCACACACAUCAAUUUGUUUUUGUUUAAGCUGAUUUGAGCAGUUUCCCUUAUUUGCAGCUAGAAUGGUCCUGAGGAAUACGAUCCAGAUGUUCAAAGAAUCACAGAGGAGAAAUCAAUAAGGAAAUGGCAUUUCAUUCAGUGAGGGUUUGUGACAACAACCUCCAUAACAGCAGGCAACCAGGCUUGUGAUAUAGCAGAGACACUCAGUUUUGUGGGGUGCUGCAGUCAUAACUGAAAAAUUACAUCUGCCUAUAAGAAAGACUAAAACAGAAAAUGUGAAAAUAAAAAAGUCAUGGUGUUAA